AUGAGUGAUAAAGACUUAGAUAAUAUAGUUUUAGAUCCUGUUAAAGUGUUUUAUGAAACUAGAUUAGUUGAUAAUUCAGAAUUUUGGGUUUGUUAUCAUAAAACUUCAGCCUUUAUUAUUGAAGAACUUUUACUAUUUUCAAUUACUCAAUCACAAGCAUUUAAAAGAAUUAUUGAAGGGCUUGAUGCCCAGUCUAAUGUACUUAGUAAUGAUCAUUUGAAAGAAAUUCUUAUUAAUUCUGAAAAUAAGAUUUUAUAA